GGACAACCUUUAUGCACGUGCUCACUGCUGUCGUGCAGCGGCUGGACCGUGACGCGCCUGCUCUUGACUUGAUACUUCGACGUUCUUCCAAACACCAUGCUUGUAUCUAUAAUCUGAACGUAUAUUGUUGUUCAAACACUCACGAUAAGAAGACAUGCGUUUUCGAACAACUAUCGACAAUGUUCCAACUUUCUUCCGAAUCAUACAAUCCAUCGAGAAGCUUCAAAAGAAAUGCAUCAUCAAAUUCACAGAAACGAACAUGCAUCUCAUCUGCAAUAGCGACACGAAUGAAGGCGGUAUACAGGUCUGGUCUCAAAUCAAGGUCGAAUCAAUAUUCAGCAGCUAUCGUAUCCAGUCUAACGCGUCAAAUGAAAUCACCGUGUCUCUAUUCUCGGAGGCUCUCCUUGCUGCUCUCAGGUCUGCAUCGUCCUCCACUACCGGAGCCUUGUCUUCGUUCGAGGCCGAAGAGGUCGUCAUGAAACUCGCAAAGAAGAACGACCAGGCUGUCCUCAGUUUUGAUAUCACUGGAAUGACCAGAGUAGGCCGACGCGUUAAAGUCACACACGAUGUCAAGAUUGAGGUAAUGAAGCCAAGCGACGUCGAGAGAUUGAAUGAGCCCAUGUGCCCUGAGCCAGACACUCACAUCCUCCUUCCGCCCUUACAGAAGCUGCGAACGAUCGUUGAUCGUCUCCGGCCCAUGUCCAAUGUACUUGGAGUGCGCGCAAACAACAACGGAUGCCUUCAUCUUUCUAUACACACUGAAAGUGUCAAGGUCGACACUGAGUGGAAGGGAUGUACGAAUCCAAAAAUGGCGCGGGAGAACGCAUCCCAGCAGGAGGAUCCUCCUCCAGAUCCCAACGAGAUGUUCAGUGUCCUCGUUUCUAUCCGUAGUUUUAUCAAAUUUCUGCAAAGUCAUGUUGUCUCAACUACCACGAUUGCUUGUAUAUGUCAGAACCACUGUAUGAUACUGUAUGUGUAUAUUGGAGACGUGGCAGAUGCGGGAGGGGUGCUGACCUUUUACAUACCUGCUAUGCUGGACGAUGACGGUUAGAUCGCUAGUUUUUCUCUCAGACUUAUUCUAUUUGCUAGCCUAGUCAUUAAUCAUUUAUCAAUGCCCUUCCCCAAGUAGGAAAUAUAUAUAAGUGUGUUUAACAGACCA